AUGUUCGCUUCUUUUAAUAGGAUAAUUACCAAGAAACCUCUUGUAACCAAUAUGUUAACUACAGGGUUCCUCUUUGGAAGUGGUGAUUUGCUAGCACAGUCAUUAUUCCCUUCUGAAACCCAAAAGGAUUUUGAUGCAAUGCGAACCUUGAGGCUAGUUCUGUACGGUGGUAUAAUAUUUGCUCCCAUUGGCCUUAAAUGGUACAAGUUUUUGGGUGCCCUAAAGCCAUUUAAAGAGAGGAAUAUGUACAAUGCCAUUUUCAGAGUCGGCUGUGACCAAUUGCUCUUUGCACCAUUUGUAGGUAUCCCAAUGUUUUAUUCUGCUAUGGCGUGUUUGGAGUUGAAUCCAAAUCCAUUGCAGGAAGCGCGCAACAAGUUAGAUAGAUUUUGGUGGACGACUUUAAGAGACAACUGGACUGUAUGGCCAGCUUUCCAGUACAUCAAUUUUGCAUUUGUUCCCCCUCAGUAUAAAUUAUUGGCGGUGAACCUUUUCAGUAUCGGCUGGAAUUGCUAUUUGAGCUGGUUAUUGAAUGGUUCUAAGUCUGGAUUAACGCAGGAACCAGAACAAAUAAUGAUCUGA